AGAGACGCAUUUUUUUUUUCUUUUAAUUUACUUAAAGACAUGGAAUUUGGAAACAAACAAAGAAAGAGUUCAAAAGAUAGUUCUCCUUUAUUAACUGAGAAAUCAGCUUCUUCUUCUCCUUUUAAAUAUCAAGAUACAAACUAUGUAGGAAUUACAAUUAGCGAAGAAUUGCCUCAAAAUAACAAAAAACAACCAAGCAGUUCUAUUCCAAAAUUAACAGCUAAUACUAUUGAACAACUAUCUUAUUCUCCUAUUUACCAGCCCUCUUCUCCUCUUUCUUGUCCAUUUUCCCCUACAACUGUUCAGCUCAAUUCACAGGAAGAAAAUAAUCGCUCUUGGUCUUACCCUUCUUCUUCUCAACCUAUCCUAUCCAGCGCUUUUAAAAGAGUAUCAAUUCAUAAUGAAUUACCUAUAUCAUAUCAUCAAAGGUUACGAGAAAGAAAAAGAUAUGGGCCACUCUAUAUGCUUACUGUGGAACUAAAAACAACAUAUCAAACAUGCAAUCAUGGAUUUAAAUACAGUGAAACAAACAACCCACGAAGAGUGCUCACAAAACCCAGUAAGCCAGCAAAGAAUGACGGACACGAUAACGAGGACUAUGAUUAUAUUUUAUAUGUAAAUGAUAUCCUUGGGAGCGCUGAAGGACACAAAUAUGUUAUCUUGGAUGUGCUUGGAUCCGGUACCUUUGGACAAGUAGUCAAAUGCAGGAAUAUAAAAACAGAUGAAGUAGUGGCAAUCAAAGUGGUCAAAAAUAAGUUGGCAUACUUUAAACAAAGUAUGAUGGAAGUGGCUAUUCUUGAGAUGCUAAAUCAACGAUAUGACAUACACGAUCAACACCAUCUAUUACGACUGAGAGACACUUUUAUACACAGAAAACACCUUUGCCUCGUAUUUGAAUUAUUAUCCGUCAAUCUAUACGAACUCAUCAAGCAAAACCAUUUCCGUGGACUAUCAACUAAUCUCGUUCGAGUAUUCACAGCUCAAAUACUCGAUGCACUCACUGUAUUAAAUGAAGCACGCAUAAUACAUUGUGAUCUAAAGCCCGAGAAUAUAUUACUAAAAAAUUUGGAAUCACCUACUAUAAAAGUGAUUGACUUUGGAUCAGCUUGUCAUGAAGUACAAACAAUUUAUACUUAUAUUCAAUCAAGAUUUUACAGAUCUCCCGAGGUACUUGUCGGUUUACCAUACACUAGUGCAAUAGAUAUGUGGUCUCUUGGCUGUAUUGCUGCAGAGCUAUUCUUAGGUUUACCUCUAUUCCCAGGCAACUCAGAGUAUAAUCAACUGUCACGAAUUGUAGAGAUGUUGGGAUCUCCACCAAACUACAUGAUCGAAGUAGGAAAAAAUGCACACCGAUAUUUUGAGAGAGAAAUAAUGCCAGAUGGAAAGAAAAGAUAUGUCUUAAAAUCAAUAGAUAAAUACUCUAAAGAGCAAGGCAAAUCAGAACAACCAUCAAAACGCUACUUUUCAGCAAAGACUUUACCAGAAUUGAUCAACAAUUAUCCAAUCAUGCGAAAAUCUCAAAUGUCUCAAAGAGAAAUAGAUAAAGAAACACAAAACAGAUUGGCAUUCGUUGACUUUCUACAAGGAUUACUCAACCUCAAUCCUAUAGAAAGAUGGUCACCACAACAAGCAAAGCAACAUCCAUUCAUCACGGGAGAAAAGUUUGAUUGUCCAUUCCGACCUCCUUAUAUACCACGAAAGCAACAAGUACAUGUAUCUACUUUGCAAAGUAAUGACGUUGUACCGCAAAGCGUGAAUUACCAGCAGCAGCAUAAUGUCCCUCAGCCAACAUUUUCUGACACGUACUUAUCUUCGGCUUACUCUACGCUGCCUACACAUUUUGAACAACAGCAACAACAACAAACGGUAAAUCACCAUGGUCAUAGUCAUAGCAAGCGGAUGUCAUUUAUACCUCCACUGCCAAGCGUGUUGGAACCACCGCACAAUCUUUUUAAUCAGUAUCAACAUCAAUACCCAGAAUUACCUAGCAAUCUUUCCAACUUUGACUUGAGCAAUAAUUGCAUGUCGAGUCACAGCAACCAUCUGAACGCACCACAGACAAGUAACGGUAUCACCAUAAGUGGUGGUAGGCCAAGAGCGAAUACAGUCGGCACAAUGCAGGUACCACCACAAAUCCAAUGGGCAGCUGUAGAUAACGCGAAUGGAGCACAACUGUAUAGCCCAUACUAUCCUUAUGGACAUCAGCCACCGUCACAGCAGCAUCAACAACAACAAGGCUCGUUUACCAAUUUUGGUGGCUUUAGGUUAGAAGGCAACCAGGAAGUUCUGCCACGGUGGGUUGGGGCAGGAAUGUCUUCUAUUGGUAACAGACAAACCAUCGAUCUAGAAAGAGACGGUGAUUGGCAGGAAGAGAUAUCUCGAAAGCCACAUCACACUCAUAGAAGAAGCAACAGCAGCACUAUAAGAUUUUCAGAUAUUCAAACGUCCCUGUCAUCGUCUUCUAUAAAUAGUUCACAUGCAAGGUCAAGCGUCUCUAGUUUACAUAGACUCAUGAGAGGUCAUUCAUAUAAUAGACCAGAAGAUCUCGAAUGGGACGGUGUUGCUCAUCAUUCACCUCCUCAAAUUCAACAGCACCAGCAUCAUAACAAUAUUCAAGAAGGUGAUCUAAAUCAAAACUUGGGGAGGAAAUGGAAUAAAGAUCAACCUGGUUGGACUAUGGCAUGAUCAUAUAGACCAUGAAUUGUUGUCAAUCGAUUCAUGGAAAAGGGGAAACAAUUAUGUUUCUUUUAUUUAACAAAAAGAUAUAUACACAAAUUUCAAAGAAAUAAAUCUUGUUAAUUUUAUAGUUCAUCCAUAUAAAAUGGAUUAAGGAACGUCGAUCAAUAAAUACGCUGUUCUGGGUUUCUUU